AUGGAAAAGUACAGGGUGUUCGCAGACGAGCGGACCGGCUGUAACCCCUUUGUCCCCACUUACUACAGUCAGCACCAGCUUGGAGCCACUUUCUCAGGCUCUCCUUUCCUCGCCGAUUGCACUGCUUCUGGCAGGCUUGCUGCUGGUUCUCCUGGCCCCAUUGCGGCCGCUACCCUUUCUGCAGUGGAGGCUGCAGCGAGCGCUGCUGCAGUUGCCACUCCGACUCACUGCCGCCGCUUGAAGAUUCUUCCUCGCAAGCUCCGGCCUGCUGCUCCGUUUGCUUCUUUUCUAGCACUUCCUCCCCAAACGGCGAGGCAGCCGGCUGCCUUUACAGGAUUGAGUGCCUCUAGAGGUCCUUCCCCAGCGUCUCUCUGUUUGUCGUCUUUCACGUCGUUCGUUGAGCCUCUGUACCUACAGAUGCGACUGAACCCGAUUUUUGUGGGGAUUCACGCGGACGGCUCGCUCUCCAUACUGUCCUUCUGGGGGAUUCUCAAAUACGCGUUCUCCUUCGAGCUGGCAGCAGGCUGCGGACAGUUUCCGUCCCUCUCAGCUCUGCUGCUAUCGCUGGAGGGCAGGAACGCCGGCAAGAAGUUUAUUCCUCCCAUCGUGGUGUUCCCUGAGGGGCAGAAGAGCAACGGCAGCUGCUUGUUACUCUGGAAUUCGAAGGGGCUAGACGCCGCAGCGUUGAAUAGGCUCCGGGGACGGGUUACCCUGCUAGGGUUUGUGUACAGCCCAGAGGCAGUGCAUUCAGCCCGCAAAGGAUCGGCAGAACCUGUGUAUACUGCUCCCCACACGGUGAACAGUCCCCUCCGCCACUUGCUACUCUUGCUGGUGCAGCUUCGUCAGUGCAUGCGCUGCAUUUGGGUGCCCCCCGAGGAUGUGCUGACCUGUCAGCAGCAGCAGCAGGAGCGGCAGCAGCAGCAGCUCCUGCCGCUGCAACAUCAGCUGCAGCCAGUGCCUGAACAGCAGCAAGGAGAGCUGGAGUCUCUCCGCUGCAUCUUGCUGCGCGCAGUGCCUGGUUUAGUGGCAGUCAACAAGCGAGGCCAAGACCUUAAGGCCUUUAACGAGUACUGGAACCAGCAGCAACUGCACAGAGGCCGAGUCAAGCGAGCAUGA